AUUCCAGUCCAGCCCGCAUACUCCAACUGCCCCCCGCGGACCACUUUUCACGGCAAUUUCACUUUCACGACCUAUUCUGAGAGUGGACCGAAAGCUGGAAGACGUUACCGACUUUUGUGCCACCUGGCUGGGAAUGUCCGUCCCUUCCAUGGAAAACUGACUAAUGGCGAAAACCUGGCCUGGCAAAUGUUGUGAAGGUUUUAGCACAAACUAUCAUCACGAGUGCGUGUUCACCCUUCAGUCCAUCUGCACGUCUUUGUUGGAGUUAAAAAGACGCGCUCAUGAGCUUUGACAACAACGGAGAAGCCUCCCCUGCAGCUUCAUGGGUUGAAGCGCCCGAGAUUUGGCGACCUCCAUUUCCAUUUCCCUCUGGACCUGCCGCUGCUCAGACUGGUGGGUGCAGCAAGAUCUAGCCUGAAGGACCACCACAAAGACAGGGAGAAAAAGCAUCCUGGCCAUUGUUUGAUUCACCUGUGUAGCACAGGAUUGGCCACCUGUCCACCACCCGAGCUAGUCCACAACGGACCCUGUACAGCCAGGAAGUCAACAGGGACUAUGCAGCUGGGUGUGGUGGUGCUGGCGAUGUUGUUCCUAAGCUCCAUGGGUCAUGCUGAUGUGGUCAAGCCCUCCAAGGCCCGCCGGCAUAGACGAGAUAGCGGCGAGGGGCUGCCGUCUUGCUCCAAAGGCUGCGAGCGUUGCUCCGAGGUCAACGGCUGCCUGAAGUGUCGGCCCAAGCUCUUCAUCUACUUUCAGCGCAACAACAUCAGCGAAGUGGCCAUUUGCCUGGCCUCCUGCCCCAUGGGAUACUUUGGCAUGAGGAACCCGGGAGGCAACAACAGAUGUUACCAGUGUAAGCUGGACAACUGCGCCGCCUGUUUCAGCCACAAUUUUUGCACAAAAUGCAAGGAGGGCUUGUACUCCAACAGCGGCCGGUGCUACGUCAGCUGCCCAGCUGGCCAGCGCACCGCCAACGACACCAUGGAGUGUGUGGAGUGCGAACUGGCCGAGUGGAGCCAGUGGGGAUCGUGCACCAAGAAGAACAAAACGUGUGGCUUUAAAAAAGGGACGCAGUCUCGCGUUCGGCUACCAGGGCAGCACCCCCGCAAGUCCUCCACCCCCUCGGCUGGGGGUCCUUCUCAGAGGUGUGCAGCACAGACCGAGAGGAGAAAAUGCACGGUGGCCAAGAUACCCUGUGUGAGAGACAAGAAGAACUCUCCAGGAGGAGACGUCAAAAAAGGCAGUAGAGGCGGAAGAGUGAGAAAAGGCCAAAGCAGGACCACGGUCAUUCCUAACAUCACAAGCAGCUCCGUCACUUAAACUCCAGAGGAAGCUUGACAAAGUCAACCUACAGACGUGGUGAUGGCGACACAGAAACACUCACAGCAAAAGCCCCAUGGCCGAUGCUGACUCAGCGUGUUUGCAUCGCAGACCUGAAGCCCAGCGCUCCCGUCUCAUUUGAACAAAUCUCGCUCGUUGUUUGUGUCGUCUGAGGCCACGGAUGGAUUCUCUCCUCUUCAAGGUGAUGCAAAGACCAUAAAGAGCAUUUAAGUCUUUAGUGGGAGCAAAUGGAAAGGAAAUGGAAACCAUUAGUGAUUGUUCUUCAUUUGUUAAAGGUGCACUCCCAUUCAUCCCAGUCACAUUUACAAUAUUCAUUAUUUAAAUAAUAUAAUACUGAUACAAGGGCUGAAUGAGCCACUAAAUACUACAACUACAACACCCAAAAGCAGUGAAGUUGUCACCUUGUGUAAAUGGUCAAU